UGUAUUUCUUGGCAGAAAAUUCCUUUUUAUAAAUCUGAAGAGCUUGCAUCUGCUGCCGAGAACUUCUUCAUCACCUUAGUGACUGCUCACAAUUACUAUGCUUACCUUGUCCUCGAGCAGCUCUUUACGUUCUUAAUACCAGAUGUUGAUGAGCAAGAUAAAUCACUCCUGGAAAAAGCAGGCUUCUUAAGUGAAGAGGAGAAGGCUUUCCAUAAACAGAUCUUGUCUUCUAUUGUCUCCAUCCACAAUCAUGUUCCCCUGAUCCGAGACAAAUUGUUGGUGUUGGCUAGGAAGUGUAUGCCCUAUUUUCGACAGCAUGUUCAUCAACAUGCUGUUUAUACCCAAAACUUGUUACACUUGUGCAGCUUUCUUCCUCAUUUGCGAGUGGGUCUUCUUGAAAUUAUCAUCACAAACAUGGCAACAAUUGAUGUCCACAUACCACGCUCUGCACUGACUCCAUUAGAAGAUGACAAUGAUGAGGAUGAGGAGGAGGUGGAGGAAGAUGGAAAUAGUGAAGACGAUGAAAUAUUUAAUAUGACACUGGAAUGUGAGAGCAAGGAACAAAUGAAGAUAGAAAAGGAUGAUGAUGAAAUUAUUUUGAAAACAACAUUCACUAUCAUGGAUAACAAGGAUGGAAAUACAUUGGAUGUACUGAUGAUCAUUAUGCUUCAGUAUGUUCAUAAUGUUUGUCAUGGCAUUAUUGAGCCUGGAAAACCCACAGAACUUGGCAAGAAUAGUUUGCAAUUAAAAUACACAUGGGAACCAUUACAGGACGGUAAAAAAAAGUGCCGUGCAGGGUCAGUCAGGUUAAGUAAUGGUGGUGAAAAUAGAACAAUAGGAUGUGAAUGUGGUGGAAGUGAACAUGACAUAGAAGCAAUAAAACUUCUUUUUACUGAACUAAAAGAAGUGUUCUCCAACAUCAUUUUGUGUACUCAUUCGUCAUCACAUGUUCAGUUUCUGUUGUUUUACCUCCUUGCCUUAAGACCAGGUUUGGCUACUAUCUUCCUAGAUUUUUUAAGAAUUAAAAAAUUUGAAAAUCCCAGUUGUUCAAGAGAUAUUAGACGAAAUGCCAUGGCUUAUAUUGGUAGCCUCUUAGCCCGAGGAAAAUACAUACCAUUUAUUCAUGUUAAUUCAUGCCUGGAGUUAAUCUGUGCAUGGUGCAGCACUUAUCUUGAAAACCAGGAAAGAAUGCAGACAAAUUACUAUGAGGACCUACUGCUUCAUUUGCCUUUCUACUAUGCCUGUCAGACUGUAUUCUAUGUGUUUACCUUCAGAUAUCGAGAAUAUACAGAAAACAGCAAAAGACUGGAAUUAGCUCGUAAACUCAACUUGGAGCGACUCGUCAUGAACCAGUUGAAUCCUCUGCGAAUGUGUGCCGCCCCUAUUGUAAACAACUUUGCAGUAGUGGCACGUCGCUUCCAGCUGGCCUACUGCUAUACUAUCAUGGAAAACAAUAAACGACUGGGGAUCCCCUCUGCACAUGUGGAUGGAGGAAAAUACACAGGAAACAUGACGCUUGACAUGUUCUUUCCAUUUGAUCCCUAUCUUUUGCAGAGGUCGAAAGUGUACAUUUCAGACCAUUACCGAGAAUUUGAUGGUUUACCAGAAGAUGUGUCUCAGAAUGAAGACAUGGAUGUUAAUGCAGAUGAAGCGCUUGACAUAAUCAUGUCCCCAAAAACUAGUGACUUUUCUUAUAGUUUAUCACCUGGAUUCAAAAAAUGGCACAGUGAACCCUUUUCAGUAGACAGUUCAUUUGGAUUCAUUCCAUCCUGAACACUUUCACCUCUCCAUAGUUUAUGCAUGUUACAGUGGAUGAAUCAUGAGAAUACUUUUUUAAAUACAAGUGGACCCUCGGUUUUCAUGUUUAAUCUGCUCCAGAGAGAUCGGUGAAAACAAACCAUUUUCCCCAAAAGAAAUAAUGUAAAUCCAAUUAAUCCAUUACAGACACCCAGGAGUAUUAACAAAAAAAAAAAAAAUUUUACCCUAAAGAUAGAUUUACAUGCACAAAAGAAUGAACAUUCAACAUGGUACUUACCUUUAUUGAAGGCUGUUGUUGGUGGAUGGAAGACAGGGAAGAGGGGAGAGGGAAAAGAGGUUAUUCUUUGGAAGGUAAAUCCCCCUCCAUAAGGACUCUAGGUACUAAGUCCUUAUCCAGGGUCACUUUCCUUCUUUGUUUUUUAAUGUUACAGAUCUUUCCAUCCUACUCCACAUUGCACAAAUUUCCAUUACUACCACCCUCUUCCACCAUCACUACUACCCUCUACCACCAUCACAACCACUACCACCAUCAUUACCAUACUCUACCAUCACAACCACUGCCAACCCUCUACCACCAUCACUACAACCCUCUACAAACCAUUACCACCCUCUACCACCACAAUCACUACCACUCUACCACCAUUGCUACCACCCUCUACCACCAUCACAACCACACACUACCACCAUCACAAUCACUACCACCCUCUACUACCAUCACUACAACCCUCUACAAUCACUACCACCCUCUACCAUCACUACCACCCUCUACCACCAUCACAACCACUACCACCAUCACAACCACUACCACCCUCUACCCCCAUCACUACCACCUUCUACCACCAACACCACUUUCGUAUUUUUCUACAGACUUUUUCUUGAAUUCUAUCAUGUUUCUCACAUUCUUUACCAAAGGGCUGGCACUAGAAGCUUUCUUUGGGCCAUGGUGGCUUAUUUAGCAGUCACACACAAUAAACAAGUGCCAAAAACAAUGGAUUAUUACGAAAUGUUUCGUAUGACCUCGCAGGAUAUGUUUGCUCACCGAGAAACAACACGACACUACCUGAGAAUGCUUGUGGGAGGUGGCUUUGCGUGCGCUCUGGGCAGUGGACAGGUUCCAUACCAUUGAUGAAAAUGGAACCAAUAUUUUGACAGAAAAAGUUGGCAAAAAAGGAAAUUGGCAAUAACGGAGAUCAGUGAAAAGGGAGGGUCCACUGUACCUUGUUUAAUAUUUAUCUCUGAAGUUUACCUAAUAUUUAUUAGCAUUGCAUAGGUUUUGUAUAUAAAAUGAUUGAAACCUGUCAUUUAUUGAUAUUUGAAACAGGUUCUAAGUCAAAUUGGUGUCCAGAUAAUAUAAUUUUAUAUUUAUGCUGGACAAACUUGCAUUGACUACUGUAUUUUUUCAACUUGUGUAAAGUUGAUGUUUGUGAGAAAGGGGCUAAAUAUGUUUUUGUAUCUAUUUAACCCGUAAACGGUCCAAGCAGAUCUACGUUCACAUGUGUAGUGCUACAAAAGUAGAUCUAACUUUUUUUUACAUAUUUUCAAAUAUAACAAAAAAAAAAGUAAAUCAAAGUUUUUUUUACACAUUUUCAAAUGUAGAAAAACAAAAAGAUCUACUUUUUUACAUACUUUCAAAUGUUGAAAAAACGUAUAUAUACGUUUGGACCGUUUACGAGUUAAAUACAUAUCCUUUCCUUUUAUUCAAAGUUGUCAGAGGCUUGGAUUAGUGUUUGGCAUUUACUUUAAUUACUCUACUAGUUUUUCCUGACACUAAUACUUAUUGUAAGGGUAAUUGUUUUGGAAUCUAUAACAUUUAAAUGAAAUAAAUUAUUUAGCAUU